AUGGAACACCAAACCCAAAACCAAAAAGAGAAAGCACCAGUACUCUCGGACCGACGCGCAGCCAAGAACGCCGCGUUCCGGGAGAAACUACGACAAAUGGCUUUACCUCUCGCGCCCCUAGUCCAGCUAACGACGGGGGAGGUGCACCCGUCGUUCCCGGGCACGCUGCUGAACUUCUGGCUGCUGACGGACGCGCAGCUGGAGGAGCUCGCGCACUUCUACCACCAGCGGACGCCGUGCCGCUGGACCUUCCACUACCCGUGCCCGAUCGCGUGGGCGGCGGACGCGCCGCUCGAGGAGAAGCGGCGCCGCAUCGGCCGCUUCAUCGGCCUGCGCGGCUGCGAGACCCCGAUCCGCGUCAAGACCGAGGACGAGAUCCGCGAGGAGGCCCGCCGCGCCCGGGUCGCCGAGGAGGAGGAGGUCUGGCGCAGGAAGGCGUAUUGGCAUCGAUGA